UUUAUUGAGAUUCAAACACCUUAAACAAAUAAAGAGUGGGAAACAGAUAGGAAGCAUCACAAAACAAAUCAAGCUUUUCCCCCUCUUUAUAUAAACCACAAACUUUCAUCAAGUUUUGGACACAAACAUGAAAAAGGCCUCUUUAGUUUUGUGGUUUUGUCUCUUCUUAAUUUCUUUUCUAAGGGAAUCCAAGGCAGCUUCCCAAGAAGAAGGCCAUGGAGUUUAUAUUGUUUACAUGGGUGCUAAGGGUUCAUCUGAUGAUCAGCUUCAACUUAUGAGCUCCCUGACAACAAGGAGAAAGAAUGCAGUGGUGCACAGCUACAAAAAUAGUUUCUCAGGAUUCGCAGCGCGUUUAUCAGACGUUGAAGUUCAAUCGAUUGCUCAACAACCCGGAGUUGUCUCUGUUUUUCCCGAUCCAGUAUUUCAACUCCACACAACGCGAUCAUGGGAUUUUCUGAACGAUCAAUACGAUCUGGUACACAAUUUCCCUUACAGUUCUGGUUCGAAUUCAUCCUCAAAUGGAGCAGAUACCAUAAUUGGCAUUUUUGACUCAGGAAUAUGGCCGGAAUCAGAAAGUUUUAAUGACAAGGGAAUCGGUUCAAUCCCAUCGCGAUGGAAAGGAACUUGCACCCAAGGUUAUGAUUUCAAUUCUUCCAGCUGCAACAGGAAACUGAUCGGGGCAAGGUUUUAUGACGAUCCUGGCGAAUUUAUAACGCCUGUUACGGGGACACCUAGGGACCACGACGGGCAUGGUACUCAUGUUGCAGCCACAGCAGCGGGGAGUCCAGUGGGAGGUGCAUCCUAUUACGGGUUAGCAGAAGGAACAGCCAAGGGUGGGUCUCCAGGGUCCAGGAUUGCAGUAUACCGUAUAUGCACGCCUUAUGGAUGCAGUGGAUCAGCUAUUAUGAAAGCAUUUGAUGAUGCCAUUGCAGACGGGGUCGAUAUUAUAAACUUAUCAAUCGGUCAACCAGCUGGAGCGGAGGAUGAGUUUUCAAGAAAUCCUAUCGCCAUUGGAUCCUUCCAUGCUAUAGAGAAGGGCAUUUUUGUUGUCGGCUCUGCUGGAAACGAUGGCCCUUUGCGAGAAACUGUUGUCAAUGUUGCUCCUUGGAUUUUCACAGUUGCUGCAACAACAAUUGACAGAAACAUUGAGACAUAUAUUCCCUUAGGCGGAAACAAGCUAAUUAAGGGUGGAGGUAUUAGCUUUUCCGAUCUCAAGAAAUCUCCGGUUUAUCCAUUAGUGGACAGCGUAUCUGUCAAAUUAGACACGGAAUUUGUUUCUGAUGGUGAUGCAAGAGACUGCGAACCAGAUUCACUAGACGAAAGCAAAGCCAAGGGGAAAAUUAUUGUUUGUGAACAUCUUGAUGAUGACUAUUCGCUCAAAGAUAGGCUAGAUGAAGUGAAGAAAAAGGGUGGCACUGGAUUUAUAUUAAUCAUUCCCGAUGAUGAACUCAUAACAGCACCCAAAAUAGGAUCAUUUCCGGGGGCAGUGAUCACUCAAGGAGACGGCAUAAAGGUCCGUUCUUACAUUAACUCAACAAGGAACCCGGUGGCAACAAUUCUACCAACUGUUAGUGUAGACAAUUUCAAACCAGCUCCUGUCGUGGCUUCCUUCUCAUCGAGAGGCCCUGCAUAUAACACUCGAAACCUCCUAAAACCGGACAUUGCAGCACCAGGGACUGCAAUACUUGCAGCUUGGCCCUCAAAUGACACAGAAUUGACUCGGCCUGACCAAGAACCACCGGUAUUUAACAUCGUUUCGGGUACUUCCAUGUCUUGUGCUCAUGUUUCUGCAAUUGUUGCAACACUCAAGUCUCAGAAUCCCACCUGGAGCCCGUCAGCAAUCAGAUCAGCUAUAAUGACCACAGCUUUUCAGCAAAGCAAUUCGAAGAGUCCAAUGAUAGUCAAUAGCGCAUAUGGACAAUACCUCGCCACACCAUAUGACUUCGGUGCAGGAGUAGCAACUAUGUCUGGACCAUUGAAACCAGGUUUGGUUUACGAGACUGAGAUCACAGACUACCUGCAAUUCCUCUGCUCUACAGGCUAUAACACAUCAACAAUAAAACUCAUCUCAAAUACACUUCCAAACAACUUUUCAUGUCCUGAUAACUCAACUGAUGACUCAGCUUCUAACAUGAACUAUCCAUCGAUAGCCAUUUCUAUGUCCAAGGAAAGAGAUACUAAGGAAGUUACCAGAACGCUAACUAGAAUUGGUGACGAAGAAUUAGAAUAUACGGCAAUCAUAACAGCACCAGAUAAUCUGAGAGUCCGAGUGAGUCCGAAAAAAUUGAAAUUUAUGAGUAAAACGAAGAAACUGAGCUAUCAAGUGAGUUUCAAGGCAACAACUAGAGAUAGAGAGUUUUUUGGAUCAAUUAUAUGGACUAAUGGUAAGUAUAAGGUUCGAAGUCCAUUUGUUGUCUCCUUUUGGUAA